AUGUCUACAGUUGAGGCUGUCAAGAGCAAGUCCCUCGACCCACAAGAGUUCCGACGCCUCCACAGCAGUCGGGAUCCAAGAGCGCAGAGACCGCAAGAUCGGGCACAAUAUGACGAACUUCAGAAGCAGCAACGCGCGCAGGUGAUAUUGAGUCACUACCAGAUGCUGAUGAAUUAUGCUAUCGCGAAUGAGAAGUCGAUUCCGCAGACUCGUGCCUACUUUCAGAAGGUAGCGCUGGGUAUAGACACUGAGCCGAUUAUCAAGAAUUGGUUCAAUGACGGGCUCUGA